UUCUCUGAAGAAAUUGUAGCCUAGGAAAUGGCAACAGGGAGUAAUAAUGGUCAUAUACUUAAUACGUGUGAUCCAUCAUGGUCUGAAGUAGAUCAUCCACUGCUAGGCCAAGUAACAGAAGAAUCACGGGACACUUCCUGCCUCAAUGCUGUAGAGUGGCCACUGCGGCGUUAUGGCCGAUUUAUGCCCGAAGCUUUGGGCACUGCUUCAGGCUCUUGGAAGGUUUUGGAGUCAAAUGAACAAUCUGGCUUUCUUGUUCUCAGUAUAGUUAUUUCAGGCCAUUUCUUCAUUUCCAGAGGAAAAGAGGUACUGGAAGGAUUUUCAUUAAUUGGUGCUUCUCAGUGGCUAAAGGUAGCACAAAAGGCAGAUUGCAUGUUAGUCAGUUCAAAAUUAAAGAGCAAACAUCGUAUGUUUCGUAUACAGUUUACUGGCGAUUCCAAAACUCAGGCAGAAGAACACUGCCAUAACUGUUUGCAGAAACUAGCUGAGUAUAUUCCAAUUCAAGUAACAGGUGCAGUAAGACAGGAACCACACCAAGGCCACAGUCUGCUUCUCACUGAUGAAAGUCAGCUGAAAGAUGCAGAACAAAAUGUACCAGUACAACACACUGUUGUAAAUCUACCUCCAACACAUGGAACAAUGUCUGCAGCACAGCUAGGACAGUACAUUCUGAUGUCAGAUGUUCAACUUCCUCUUGCAUAUCAACAAUCCACAUGGAGUGCUGAAGGUUUAAGUAGCUUUAUUCGCUUGUGCCUAUUGGAUCAACACUUCCCAGCAUUUGUGGAAGAAGUAGAGAAACAGCUAAAAAAAAUUAUAGAAGGCUAGAAACCAAAAUAUUUAAAAUGUAGUAAUAAAAAGAUCAACCAUAGUAUUGCUGACUGUCUGUUUCUGCAGUCAACUUACUAUAUAUUCCUUACCUCCUUAAUUUGCAUUAAGAUUUGAAUAUGUGUUAUGCUAGCUCUUACAAGCCAAAAAGGCUAUAUUAUGCUCUAUUUUA